CAUACACAGAACUGAAUACAGAACUCGUAAAAGAUUUUUUUCUUCCAUUUUUCACCCCGAAUCUUCAUUUUCUUCUUCGUUUUUCCUCCAUUUGCAGAGCCUAAACCAAUCAAUCCGCCGAUUUCUCUGCAUUCCUGACGACGCUGGUGUGCUGGUUUUUCAGACUUUCAGUUCCGUCUCCAAUCGGAAGAUUCUGUGAGCAUUUGGUAAUAUGCGAGUUUUUUAGUAAAGAAAAUGGAAACGGACUGGAUUGGUACACUUUUGAAUACGAAAUUCUUCACUUCUUGCGAUCUUCAUCCCACCCUACGGAAAAAUGAGAAAAAUAAAUUCUGCAUUGAUUGUAGUAUUAGCUUCUGCAAGAAUUGUAGAGUUCAUGAUCUUCAUCGGCAGGUGAAUAUCUGGAAAUAUGUCUAUCAUGAUGUUGUGCGCGUUCAGGACAUGGAGAAAUUCUUUCGCUGUUCAGAGAUUCAUACAUAUAAAGUCAAUGGUGAAGUAUCUGUUCAUCUCAACUCCCGCCGUCAAUCCGUCGACACUAAAUCACCAAAGGCGAAGUCCCGCGGUUCUUGUGAAGACUGCGGUAGACAUGUUCAAGAUCCUUAUCGCUUCUGUUCAGUCGCUUGUAAGGUUUCUGUAAACUCAGUGAAGGUUAAGGGCCAGAGCAUUGGAACCAUCAUAUCUCCGAGCCUGGAUUUCGGUAACUUAUCGUACAAGGAGCGAACCAGCCCAGAAACAAAUGCAAGCGAAUUGGAAUCAACCAUAUCAAUUGCAGAGUCCAUAGAAGAGAUCAAAGCUAGCCCUUCAUCUUCAAGACCAAGGAAACGCAGAAGGAAGGGUAUCCCUCACAGAUCUCCAUUCUGAUAAGAUAUGCAAGAUUAAACUCCCUUCUGGCUCUCAAAUGGUAUGCUUCUCUUUUUAUUUAUCUCGUCUCAUAUUACACAAAUGUCUAGUAGUGAAAUCAUCAAUAUAAAAGUCUGAAUUUUGGAUCAAAAUGCUCCCCACUACUACUCACUUCCACAAUAUCUCAACUACAUGAAUUUUAAAACUUCUUUAACAGCUUUAACAAGAUUAUUUGGUGGAGAAAGCUGACAUAAACAGACAAUUUUUACUCACUUUGAAGAAUUUUUUUUUAUUUUUUUUAAUUUAUUGGUUAAAUAUGGAGAUAUUCAUCACUGCAUUUAGCAUGUGGGUAUGGGUCUUAUUAUUGAUGAGAAUGUUUGUUGAUGUGUUUACAGGAAAGUUUGCUUUCCACUCUCUCUCUCUCUCUCUCUCUUUUCUUUUUGUUGCAAGUCUUCCAUAGAUUUAGAGGUUCUUUUUGUCACAAUCUCUGUCCAAUCAAUUGGUUGGUUAUCUCGACUCUAUUCAGAAAAUUUCUAAUAUUACGAGAAUACAUAUUUUC